GUGGUCACUGGAGGUGAGAGCUGUCGUGCGAUUUUUUUCUGGUUUUCUCUUUCACUUUUAUCGAUAGAGUUAGUCUCUUCCGGUUUAGUAAAGAGAACAGAAAGUCAAUUGUAGUUUUUUGUGUGUUAAAUAGUAUAGUUUAAUAGACAGGUAACUUAGCCAGGUGUGUAGUAGCAGGGCGGGAGCGGGAUGGCGUCCCUCACACAGAGGGGAACGUCACCUGUCUCCCUCCGCCAUGGCGUCAGGUGUAUGCCGGCUAACGGCGUGAGUGUGGAGGAAGUAUUACUGGCAAUGGGGAAGGAGGUCGGGAACGAGAAUAUUUUCGCUGCUUCCCGCAUGAACAAAGCGGUCGUAGUGUUUCCGAGGGAGGAAAAUCAGGCGAGACACCUGACCAACACCGGCAUUGUGGCACAAUCAAUGGAAAGCGCUGAGAAGAGCCUCAAGUCAGUGUUCAAAGUUGUAAAAAAGUACAAAGAUGACUUUAAUUUGAACAAUGUCAUGGAAGGAGAUGUGUUCAUUGUGAAAGAUGAAAGAAAGGUCCAGAAGGCUGGAUUGUACACUGAUGGACAGAUCAUUCAGUUACAAGUCUUAACAGGAAUAUUCUACAACAGUACAGAGAUAAACAAGGUGAAUGUGGAGGCGUUCACUAGAGGAAAAAGUUUUGCUGUUUACAGGAAGGAGAAAGGAAUUCCUCAGUCAUUCAAGAACAAUGUUGAUGAAGCAAUGAGCAAAUGUCCAGAAACCAAUUUUCAUGGAUAUAACUGUAUGGAGUUUGUCAUGGAGCUUCUCGAGGUUUAUCUGCCGCCGAUUAAAUCAGACUGCAGUAAGAUUGCCUUUGGCACUAAACCAAAGGGCUUCAAAGUUGUCAAAAACUUCGCUGAUGACUACAACAGUAACGCAAUGCUAGGAGACCUGUUUCUUGUGCAAGGUGGACCAUUUGGCUACCUCCAAGCUGGUGUGUGCUGCAGUGAAAAAGGCCCAAAGAUUAUUCAGCUCACAGGUAAAUCUCUAAUAUCUAAAUCUCUAAAUCUCUAG